CCAAACUCAGCCUAUACUUGUUCUACUGGUUCUUCUUACAUGUUACUGUUUAGCAAAAUCACGAUAAUAUGUAAACCAAACAAAAAUCUUACUAGUAUACAACCAAUAGCUUCACUAAUAAACUAUAAUAAAACUGGUCCAUUCUCUAGGAAUGAAUAUCAUAUAAGAAGACUAAUUAAAAUUCAAUAUAAAAGGUAA